AAGCAGCUGCAUUGAAUGUGACACUGUCUAACGAAUCAACCCAAAUCAGAAGUCAGAAGUCAAACGUGGUUGGGCACAAUAACUGGAAUGGAAACAGUCAAGAUUGUCAACUAUUCCACUACAUGAACCAACCAGAAGGAAGAGACAAAUCGAAGUAAGUCACGCAUCUUAAAGGGGCGUUGACUGCAAUACCAUGCCUCAAUAUAAAUUUGUAGCCUCGAGCUGCCCAAGAGGCCGAGACGGCCAUAGGCAUUAUGUUUCAUUCUCUCACCACCAAAUCGAUUCUCUUCCUACUCGUUCUCACGCUCGGCAUCAUCGGCGGCGACGCCAUCGGUAGUUCUAGUUACAAUCCUCUAUGUUCUCCAGUGAAGUGUGGCAACGGUCCUUUAGUAGGGUACCCAUUUUGGAGAGGUGAAUAUGCUAGUCCCAUGAUCUGCGGAUACCCAGGCCUCAGUUACCACUGCGGCGGCUCAGGUACCGGUCCGACGAUUCAACUGCCCAACAACGUUUCUUACAGCCUCGAUACUGAGAUCGAUUAUGGCAAUUACACUUUCAGACUUACCGAUCUUAACUUACAGAACAAUAGUUGCCCAAGGACAUAUCAAAACGUCACCCUGGACGAAGAUAGAUAUAACUACACCCAAGACACCGCGAGACUUGUAUUUUUCUUUGAUUGCUAUCCAUAUCCUGAUAUACCUUUGGGUCCUCUCGACGGUGGUACCGUGACUUGUGGACAGGAUAAUUCAACCAGAAAGUCUUUUGUGUUCUCCGACGAUCGGAUUCCGAAGUUCGAUUGGUACCGGAACUGUGAUAAAAGCGUGGUGGUUCCGGGGCCUGCAAUGUUUAGAUCCGUCGAUCUUCAGCUUUAUGAUCCAUCAAGAAACGCACCGCUGUCAUGGUCGUUUGGUUUAAAGUGGAUUCCUCCGAAGGAUUGUGGAGUCUGUGAGGAAUCCAGUGGCAAGUGCGGUUACAAUCGGACUGACAGCAGUUUCUCUUGCUUUUGUGGAGAUGGAUCGCAAGUUAAGGGCAGAUGCCCCCCGGAUCGGAAAAAGGAAGGUCUAAGCUUGUUAGCCAAGAUAUUAAUAGGUAUUUCCAGUGGACUUGUUGUAGUUAUUCUAGCCUUAGUUGGCUUUGGGAUGCAAGUCUAUAGGAAGCAAACAAAAUAUAUUGAAGAUGUUGAAGCAGUUCUAAAGAAAUAUGCAUCCUUAAUUCCACAAAGAUAUAAGUACUCGGAUAUCAAGAAAAUUACCAACUCCUUUAAGGUUAAAUUGGGUAAUGGUGGGUUUGGUAGUGUCUUCAAAGGUGAGCUACCUGAUGGCCGCCCAGUAGCCAUCAAGGUUUUGAACGAGUCCAAAGGGAAUGGAGAAGAAUUCAUUAAUGAAGUCAUCACCAUCGGUCAGACCAACCAUAUUAACAUUGUUAGGCUUCUGGGCUUCUGUUCAGAGGGGUCCAAAAGAGCCCUUGUUUAUGAGUUCAUGCCAAACGGAUCCCUUGAUAAGUACAUAUAUGCUAAGCAACAGAUAGAUGCUCAUCCAUUACUGAAGUGGAGAAAGCUUUUCGAAAUUGCAGUAGGCAUAGCUCGAGGACUGGAGUACCUGCACCGUGGUUGUAGCAGUCGCAUCCUACAUUUUGAUAUAAAACCACACAACAUUCUGCUGGACCAAGACUUCAGUCCUAAGAUAUCCGACUUUGGGCUGGCUAAACUCUGCCCAACAAGAGAGAGCAUAGUGUCAAUGUUUGGGGCACGAGGAACCUGUGGUUUCAUUGCACCAGAAGUCUUCUGUAGAAACUUCGGAGGUGUCUCUUACAAGUCUGACGUCUAUAGCUAUGGGAUGAUGGUGAUGGAAAUGGUUGGAGGAAGAAGGAAAAUGGAUUUAAGUGUGGAGAAUAGCAGUGAGAUAUAUUUUGCAGAUUGGGUUUAUGAUCGUCUUGAGCAAAAAGAUGAUAUUGGACUGGUAGGGUUUAAAGAUGCUUUUGAGGAAGAAUUGACAAAGAAAAUGGUAGUGGUGGGAUUGUGGUGCAUACAAACAAGCCCCAAGGAUCGUCCAUCGAUGAGCAGGGUGGUUGAGAUGCUGGAAGGUAACAUUGGCAGUUUGCAAAUGCCCCCAAAGCCUUUCCUUCAUUCACCUUCCACCGGGUCUCCUUCAGACGGACUGGAUUACACUCAACCUUCUUCCACUUUCUCUAUAGAAAAGGAAGAUAUUGUGCUAAAUACAUAACUGAGAGGCUCUACCAAUAUAAUUAUAACCUACUGAAUUUGGAUUCAUGUUUGUUAAGAAAUUUAAGUUUUUUAAUUAAAAUUCAGUGGUUUAUUUGUUAUCGAAACCAAAUGAC